AUGAACCCUCGUCGCUCCUCUCGAGCCCGCGCAACGCACCCAGCUGCCCCAGCACCCACCGCAAUGCAACACUCGACCUCCUCCAGCUCCAUCAACUCCCUCAGCAGACCAGAGCGCGCCACGCGGUCGAAUAACGGUAAUAAGCCUACUCCGCCGCGCAGGACGGCUGCUCAGCGCUCCCAGUCCAUCGACGAUGUGGCAGAUGCCGCCAGCUCGAAGAACGACGCCACCUCGACCAGCACUCGCCAGCAACGGCCCCGGGGCCGCGAGGAGGUCGAGGUCGAAGUCGAUGCCGACGUCACUCUGACGGGAGACGAAUUCGACGAGGAAGGCGAGGAGGAGAUCACACGCUGCAUCUGUGGGCAUCAGGACUAUCCUGGCCUGCCUGCCCACGCUGCCAAUCGCAUCGCCGGCCCAAAGGCUGCAGCGGCCAGCAAGGACGAGACGGCCGCCGGUGGUGCUGCUGGUGCUGCUGCCGGUGCUGAUGCGCAGUCAGAGGAUGCCGGGAGCCUGUUCAUCCAGUGCGAUGAGUGCAAGGUCUGGCAGCAUGGAGGAUGUGUGGGCAUCAUGGAAGAGUCUUCGAGUCCAGACGAAUAUUUCUGCGAGAGAUGUCGCAAGGAUUUGCACAGUAUCAUCGUUGGACCGCAUGGCCAGAAAUCCUCCCACUACCUCCCGGUGGCCGGCUCUACCUCCUCCGCCUCCUCGACAACCUCCAGAGACUCUACCAAAACUUCAAAGGACAAAAAGUCCAAAGGCAGUGACACCUCCCCGCGAACGAAGCGCAGGACUAUGAACAGUCGCGAUGCUGCCUACGACGAGGAAGAACUGCUCCGUCGAGCCAUCGAGGAGAGCAAGGAAGACACCGCCUCGCUCGUCGACGAGACUGGAAGCCGCAGAGGCAAGAGGAGUCGCAGUGUUAGCGAAAUAAACAAACAAGCUGCUAAGAGACAGCGCACAAGCUCGCCGUCUCCAUCUUCCCGCUCUAAGCCAUCCCGGCGCAACACUCGCUCUCCCUCAGAGGAAGAGUCAAAGUCAAAGGCUGCAAGUGUCAAUGGCAACCAGAAGAAGACCAGAGUCACCCGAAACCAGCGCGAGAAGGAGGUCGAACCUGAACCUGAGCCGGAAAAGGACACCGUACCAGAAACCGUUAACCGCCGUAAAAGCAGAGCCGAUCGUCGCAAAGGCGAAGAGUCUGAACCCCCAGAAACCGCUUCUCCAACAAAACCUACUCCUAAUGCACCCGCACAAUCCAUUCCAGACACUCCAACGGCCUCCACACCCAUUCCCAAACCUGCCACUCGCAAGUCUGGUCGCCCUCCAGCCCGCCGCGGUCGUCUAGGUCGCAAUCAAUAUACCCGAGACCGUGACCCUCCCAAUGGCGCCGCAGACACCACUUCCAACUCUCCCCGCCGUGGCCAGUCCCGCGACGACGGCGCAACAGGCGACUCUCCAACCAGCGCCGCCAACGCCGGUCCCAACGGUCCAUAUUCUGCAAACGGCGAGUCUGGCAAAGCAAGUCGACCACGCUACAUGAACCCCAACCGCACCACAAUGAACGACAUGCGCCGGCGUGUAGCUGCCAUUCUAGAAUUCAUUUCACGAAUGCAAGUCGAAAUGGCCGCGAGCGGGGAACAGCCUACCCGGCCGACCGACGGUACAUCAACCGUAGCAACAACCAGCCGCGACAUGGCAGCUACUCUCGCAAAGGCAGAGGCACUAGUCAACGGCCUGACCAACGGUAUGGCGACAGGCGAAAACCAGGGAUCAUCCAUCUCCACGUCUGAAGCACCGACUUCAGCGCCCACUACAGCCUCUGCGGAUGCGACUAGCAAAGAGAAAGACUUCAAAGACCUCACCAGCGGCGAGAUGAUGGACGUCUUGACCAGAGGUCUCUUCAAAUGGCAGGAGAUGUUCGGCAAAUAUGGCGAUAAAUAA